AUGAGUAUCAGUUCGAAACUGGCGAAAGAUGUUCAUCUGCUUAUUUCUUCAGAUAAUGAGACGAAGAUAGAAGUAAGCUUCAACUUCAUAGGUAUUGGAAUCGACAGUUCAAUCCAAGCCGAAAGCGGCCUCCAAUUUUCCGAUUAUUCGUGCUCGAACAUCACUUCUGCCGACUGUAUUUUGCCGAUCGUUGAGUCUGGGGAGGACUGUGGUAGUCAUCAGAUUCCCUGCGACAAAUCAGGAACUUGCGAUUGGAUCCAAAUCUUUGGAGCAAGCACUGAUGAAGCUAUGGCGAAAUUGAAACUAACAACGCAGAAAAAAUCCUUCACCACUUCAUUUUUCAUUGACGCAGAGAUAAAGACAGAGCUAGAGCGAGCAAAACUGACAUUUGAAAGUGUAACUCCCACAAAAAACUACACCGAGCUAGAGCAAUUUUUCAAGCUGGGUUGUACUUUUUUCUGCUGCAUGAUCGCUGGUCUUUUCGCCAGAUCGCUGCGGCACUACAAAUGGACAUCUUGGAGCAUCGAUCAAAAGAUAUUUCCUGCGGCUCUGCUUCUUUUCUCGAUCUCGAAUUGGCCCUACAUUUACGACUGGAAACCUGGAUCAUUCUACCACCUCUCCCUUAUUCAAAUAAGUAAAUGGUCCGGCUUCCUCUCAUGCAUCCUCUGGAUCGUCCUCCUGUUCAACUUAUGCAUCCCUUCGCACGCAAAAAGCCCUUACCAGUGGCCUUUCGCCAUCCCUGCCCUCCUUUUUUCUUCAUUCAUCGCCUUAGUCGACAUUAACAUCAAAGCCGAAAACGGGGCAACCUCGGUCUCCAACUUGGAAGCACCUUCCGUCAAAGUCCGCUCAAAAGGCGGCGACAUUGUUCUAAAUUCAAUCAAAAUCGCCAACUCCAUCCUUGGCGAAUCGAUAGAUCUGAAAUCCGCCGAUGGAAACAUCUUUUUAAACGGGCGGACCGUUGGUGACGUAAAAGCCCACACGGAAAAGGGCGAUAUUCAAGCUGGAACGCUUCAGAGUCUUACUAUUGAUCUGAGAGGAAAGGAUAUCUUUUUGGAAUCUGCUUAUGCAGGAAAUGUGCUUAUCCGGGGCAGUGGAUCGACCAUGGUGAAAAAUGUGAAUGGAAAUACAGAUAUUGAAGCAGCUGGCCGGGUCCUCCUAGAUGGAUGUGACGGAGAGCUAAAGAUAUUUUCCGGAGACGAGAUCGAUGUCCAUCUCGAUUCUUCUCUAAAAUCCGCCAAGCUGGUUUCGAACGUAGCAGUCAUCAUCCGAACAGCGCCUGAUCAGAACAAGCACACAUUCUCAGUCACUGCUGAUGAAAUUGAAGUCAAUGGAUUUUCCGAUUACUCUGAGAAAACUGAUGGACCAACAACAACGAUCAACCUCGGCGGCGAGAACACAGCCGGUCAUCCCCGAAAGGUCGCCUCAAUCGAUUUCGGCGGCGUCAUCGAUGUCACUGCUCCUUCUGUCACUAUUCAAGCAGAGUCCUGGUUUGAAAAAAUGUCAAAUCAAAAGAAGCGAUUCCCAGCUAAGAAGACAUCAGCUGACAGUCAGUUCAGAUUCUACUGA